GCCUGGCAAGAUGCUGGACUUGUCCUGUCCACGACCAGCAAUGAAGCCUGUAAGCUAUUUGAUGCUGUGCUGACACAGUAUGCAACCUGGGCCAAUAAUGAGAGCCUCGGCGGUAUUGAGGCAUGUCUCUCCAGGUUAAAAGCAGCAGAUCCAAAUUUUACAAUGGGACAUGUCAUUGCUAAUGGUUUGGAGCUGAUUGGCACCGGAAGUUCAGUGCGGCUCAACAAAGAGCUGGACAGUGCAAUGAGAACAAUGAUGAUGCUUUCAAAAUCACAGCCACUGACUGAGCGAGAGAAGCUUCAUGUAUCAGCGUUGGACAUGUUUGCAAGUGGCCGUCUUCCAAAAGCUUGUGAUUUAUGGGACCAGAUUCUGCAGAGCCACCCUACCGACCUGCUAGCCCUCAGAUUUUCCCAGGACGCUUACUUCUACCUGGGGUAUCAUAUACAGAUGCGAGAUUCUGUUGCCCGGGUUUAUCCUUUCUGGACACCUGAUACUCCACUAAGUAGCUAUGUGAAGGGAUACUACUCUUUUGGACUCAUGGAAACAAACUUUUUUGAUCGUGCUGAGGAGCUUGCUCGUGAGGCUUUGUCUGUAAGUAAGACGGAUGCAUGGUCUGCUCAUACUAUAGCUCAUGUACAUGAGAUGAAAGCAGAGCUGAAGCAAGGGUUAGAAUUCAUGAAGGAAACAGAAACCAACUGGAAGAACAGCGAUGUGCUUGCUUGCCAUAAUUACUGGCACUGGGCUUUAUACUUCAUUGAAAAG